AUGAGGGCUUUUAUCGCUUCAGUUGUCGGCUUUGCUGGAGCCAGCAUGUACCAGUCUGGGUCCGAGGCGGAGGCCUGGGGCAGCAAGCCGGCAUUCUCCGAGGAGAGGUUCCAGGCCUACAAGCUCAUCCAUGUCGAGAAUGAAUCGCACAACACAAAGCGCUUUCGCUUCGCCCUCCCUUCGAGCAAGACGCGCCUGAACCUGCCCGUGGCAUCUUGCAUCACGCUGCGCUACACUGACGCCCAGGGACAGGAAGUGAUGCGCCCCUACACGCCUAUCAACCUGGUGGAGGAAGAGGGCCACUUCGACCUCGUAGUGAAGUGUUACCCGAAUUCAAAGAUGGGCUCGCACCUUUUCUCUCUCAAGGUCGGCGAUUCCAUUGACGUGAAGGGACCGUGGCACACAUUCGACGUGAAGCCGGGCCAGUACACUAGGAUUGGCAUGAUCGCCGGUGGUACGGGUCUCACCCCAAUGUUCCAAGUCGUGAAUAAUGUCGUGCAAGCGCCGGGGAAUAAGACGAUGAUCUCGCUUCUCUACGCAAACAAGACCGAGGGGGACAUUCUGCUCGGCAAGGAGCUGGACACGCUGGCGAAAGAGUACCCCGGGAAGUUUAUCGCGUACCACUGCCUCACGACGCCGCCGAAGCGCUGGACGGGUUACUCUGGCCACAUCAACAAAGCGAUCAUCCGGGAGACGAUGCCGGGCCCGGAUCACCGAGGUGACUCGUGCGUUCUGGUGUGUGGCCCGCCGUCCUUCAUGAAGACCAUCUGUGGCGAGAAGGACUACAGCUCCUCCCCGCCCAAGCAAGGCUCGCUUGAGGGCUACCUCAAGGAGCUGGGCUACUCAUCGAGCGGCGUCUUCAAAUUCUAA